AAAAUAUAAAGAUAAAAAAUUCUGAUUUCUUAGAAGGGGAAAAAAAAGUCAAACCACUGGAUUCCUCGUUAUAUAUGUGUACAUACACACAGACAUCUAACAUACAUCCUCCCGAACGUCGUCUAGGAAGGCCUAUAAAAAUUUAUAUAUGCAGCAGCUGCUCAUACAGCUUGUAAUCCAUGGCCAGUAAUCAAGAAAUAUGCUCCAACACUAAGGGAGAGACUAAUCUAUCACUAGAGGCAUCCAAGAACAAACUGAAGAACAGACCGGGAGAAUUAGCUGAAAUGGAUCAAGUUAGAGAAGAAAACGGAAGGCUAAAACUUGUAUUGUCGAAUAUAAUGAAAGAUUACAAGACUCUGCAACAGCAAAUCGAUAAUAUUACUAGGACGGAUCAUCAUCAGCAACAAGAAGAAGAUAAUCGCUCAUGCGAUGACAAAGAUGCAGCUGAUUCUUCACAGGAAGAAGAUGAUCAUGAUGAGCUGGUGAGUCUCAGCCUUGGCAGAUCGUCGUCAUUAGAAGCUAAAAAUAAGGAUCUAGCUGUUCACAAAGUUAUCAAAAAAGACGAAGACGGUGAUGAUGAUAUGGAACGUGGACUUGCUCUGAGGUUGGAUGGAAGAUCGUAUGAUUUCUCUGGCGAUGAUGAGAUUGCUUCUGGAGUCUCGAGGAAUCAAAGCUCCAGAGAAGUCGAAGGGGAUGGCGCGAGUGAUCAAACGACGAGGUAUCCAAGGAAAGAUUCAAAGACGAUGUCGACAAGUGGGGAUGAUGAAAAUGUUUUGCAGCAAAGUCCUGCAAAGAAAGCUAGGGUUUCCGUGCGAGCUAUCUGCAGUGGCCCAACGAUGAAUGAUGGGUGUCAAUGGAGGAAAUAUGGACAGAAAAAAGCAAAAGGAAAUCCAUGCCCUCGAGCCUAUUACCGCUGCACCAUGUCGCCCUCAUGCCCGGUCAGAAAACAUGUGCAAAGAUGUCAUGAAAACAUGUCCGUUCUCAUAACAACCUACGAAGGAACACACAACCACCAACUUCCACCUGCAGCCACCGCAAUGGCAUCCACUACAAGCGCAGCCGUUUCCAUGCUCAAAGCCUCCUCCUCAACCUCCACCUCACAACCAAGCUUCAGCUUCCCCUCCACCACUUCCACCACCAUUAACAACACCCCUCCAUUCUAUUUCCCAAACACAACCCUUUCCACAUUACAAUCACAUCCCACAAUCACUCUAGACCUCACCACGCCAUCCGCCUCCUCUCGUUACAACAACUACUCAUCAACCUUUUUCCCAACUCCUCAACCAAUAGCCUAUUCCCCUCCUGCAUGUCUCAACUUCUCCGCCCCUUCCUUGUCUUCAUCUCCGUCUUUCGAGCACUGGAGAAACCACAAUGUGCAAUCAUCUCCAUCGACUUUUAGUACCACACAACUGCCAUUGCCAUCUAAGACACCUUUUUAUCAACCUUACAGCUAUUCCAUACCUAAUAAAAACACCUCUGAUCAAACUCAACAUCAACCUCAGUUUUCCACAGAGAAAAUUGCAGCUGCAACAAAGGAAAUCACGUCGAACCCGAGUUUUCAAUCUGCCUUGGCGGCUGCCAUUUCGUCUAUAGUUGGAAGGGGUACUGGUGGCUUUGCAGGAAGCAUGGAAUCGCAUUCAGGUGCUGCGUCUGCUUCAAGUCUAUUGAAUGCUAUAUCAACAGCAGAGUCUUCAAUUUCUGAGCAAGGUGAGAAGAACCUGAGGUUUGAGUUAUCACCAUUGGCUUCAAGUAAAGGACCUCUAGCUGGUUUUACCCACCAAGGAGAACAUAACAAGUGAUGUAUUUGAGAUUGUGUAAAAGAUUUGGACUAUUUUUUACUAUUAAAAAUAUUCGUCGUCGUUGUAUAUUCCUAGAAAAAGAUUAUUUGAUAAUUUAGAUUUUUAUUAU